AUGUCUGACUACGAUCUUCAGUUCCAAGCGGAUUUGGAAAAGGCGCAGGCUUUGAGUUUAGAAAGUCUAGCUCUAGAACAGUUUCGUAGGCAGAAGCUACUGUCGACUGCAGAUAAUGUGCGCGAUGUGGGGACCAUUAGUGCGCGCAGGCGCGACGAGAACGACGGCCCGCCACCAGCCUUACCUCCGCCACCGAGGAAUCCUCGGGGAAGAUCUUCUAUCUCUGAAGGUCACAGAUCACCUGGAACUAGUCCAACACGGGACCAGAGCAGCGACUUGAUAUCAUUCACGAGCCCCACCUCUAAGCAUGCGCCCAAAGAACCGCACCUCAAACUCAAGGAGUGCAUCGAACAAAUAAACAAGUUGAGUCAACAAACUGAAGAGCUAGUAAUAAACGUCGCACAAACCGAACAGUCGCCUGUCAUAAUGAACAACCAACACUACAAUCAACGUCCGGGCUACAAUUACGCCGCGGCACAGUACCCUUUCAACUAUCAACAACCUUAUACACCUAUGCCGCCGUACCCGACACAGCCUUAUGGCAUGCCCACACCUGUACCCCACUAUGGGUAUUACCCACCACCAAUGAUUCCACCAGAUGUAUCUCAAACUUAUGUCCCGAUCAAUCCCCCUAUUUAUGCACCACCUGUACAGUAUGGUCAAACGCGAAUGGCGUCCCCAUCUCCGUAUCCUCCGUACCAUACACCUCCUGCAUACAAUUAUAAUACGACUAAUAUGAUAUCACGACCUCCGAUUCCUGCCUAUUAUCCUCAAGUUCCACAAUAUUACCCUCAAAUGCCUCCGAGCUCAUCGAACAACACCGUGAGAAACGAGGUGAACCAAGCCGUCGCGACCCCAGAGACGCCAAAGGAAACUCCCGAAGGAAGUUCUAGAAAGUUGUCCGAAGUCAGUAAUACGUCAAACGAGUCCAACGACACAGUAGGUAGCCUGCCAAAGUCGAUGAAUCUGAUUGACUUCGGUCGCAACACCAAUUCGCAAGGUAGCGUAAGAGUCAGUGUGCUAGAAGCGUUUGAUCCACUAUUAACUCAGAAAAAUAAUAUCGAGAAUGCAGCCGCGUCCAGUGAUUGUGGUAGCAGCGUUUACGAAGAGUAUGACCCUCUGGACUUCUUGUACGGCGAGACAGAAAUGCGCGAAGCUGUGUACGCGGCCGUCAUUAAAAAGGACACGUUACCUUCCCCCCCACCUAAGUCUAUACCAAGCGUCCCGGCUGUAGCGCUUAGAUCUACCACUAAUAAAUUAUAUGAUUGUAUAGUAAAAUCGCGAACUAGGAAUCAUGAUAGCGAACACAAAGCUUUUCUCAAAAUGGUGCUUGAUGUCAGAAAAAGAUUCGUGUACACUGAUGAAAAUACGAACCCUGGUCACGUGAGAGCUGCCCGAUCGGGCGGCAAGUACCCGCCAAAUACGAGUAUCAAGAUUCUAGUCCACCACGCGCACUCCGAUGAACCAUUCACCUUUACGUCUGAUGUUGAAUCGACUGUUGAACAUGUGAUAUUAACUGUAGUAUGUUCUCUUGAUGAGGAUAUUAGAGAAGAUAUGUCUGAAUAUAUGCUAAGGGUAUGGGGAGCGAAGGAAUAUUUAACGCCAGGAAGCUCCUUGCGGGAAUACGAUUAUAUCCGUGAAUGUGUUAGACUAGAGAAAGAUGUCACACUCUGUCUCACAGAGGGAAGAGACAACGCGCUAGCGAGGACAGAGAGGGACGAUGCUAGAGAUAAUUAUUUAAGUUUGGAUGAUUUAAUUCCGUGUCAAGGCGCCACGCCAUUGUUAUCAUUUGAUAAUUUGUCUAUAUUACUUGAAACUCUAGAAGGCGAGUUCUCUCGAGCAAUAGGUGUAACGGGAGCCGAAGGAACAUGCUCUCCGAAAGCCGUAUUCCAAGCGGUUAAGGCUAUUUGUGCGCUGGCGGGCGGAGUGGAGACCUUACACGUCACACACACCCUCAACGCUUUCGCUCAAACGUGUACUACACAUGGCGGCAACGCGGUGACGCCGGAGAUCGGCGCGGACGCGGGCCCGUACUGCGGCGUGGCGCUGCGCGGCGCCACGCGGCGCGAGGCGGUGGCGGCGCAGUGCGCGCGCCUGCGGGACGCCGUGCGCGCGCUGCUGGCGCUGUACUGCCGGACGCGCCUGCUCGACUUCCAGCUCACCGACACGCACUACUGCGCGCCCGCCAACCUCACCAAAGCAAUCCCAGCACAUACGAUAGCAGAAUCAACUCUAUUCUGUAUAGAAGCGGUCCACUGUCUUCCACUUUGCUGGAACCAUGACGACUACCUGUUCCACACACAAGUGUACUACGGAACACGAGCCCUCAACUCUCUGCGCGUCACCCAUCCCUCCAAAAUCGAGUGCGCCUCCUUUUAUCCCAGGAUAAUAUUUGAUACUUGGCUAAACCUCGAAGAUUUACCAAUCAACAUAUUACCACGAGAGUCUCGCUUAGUAUUCACUUUAUAUGGACGGUCACAACGCACCGUUGAUAAUCAACAGCACCCGAACCAGACAGACAACAACCAACAAAGCGGACAGGAAGACGAAGAAAAUAAUGAUGUUCAAUAUGAGCUGGUCGAGUUGGGAUGGGCGGCGAUACAGCUCUUUGAUUAUGACGGAAUGUUAGCGUCGGGCAACUAUGUGUUACCGAUAUGGCCGACAUAUUGCGACCGUCGCAUCGGGCCUGCACCACAUCCUACGCACUCUCCAACAACCCCACACCCUGUAGUUAACAUUGAGAUUCCCCUAUAUGCCCACACCGGUGUGAGAUGGGUGGAAAGCGAAGACAGCAAGCAGGGAAGACUCACACAUAACGACCUACCAAAGUUCGAUAGUCUGGACGGACAUACGCAGUCACAGCUGUUACAUCUUAUUGAACAAGGCGCUUACCAGAGGGUGCCCACCGACUGUAGGGAGAUAAUGUGGGAGAAACGACAAUACCUAGUAGAGUUGCCCGGUGCACUGCCACUGAUCCUGCUGGCGGCCACCAACUGGUACGGGGAGCAUCGAGACCAGUUGCUCGCCUUACUGCGAUUGUGGGAAAAACCUUCACCGUUAAAUGCUAUGCACUUAUUGUUGCCUUGCUUCCCUGAUAUAGUGGUACGGCGGACGGCGACUAAACUGAUCAAUGGUAUGCCAGACGACGAGCUGUGCCGCAUCAUGCCGCAACUAAUGCAAGCUCUGCGGUACGAGACGUAUGAAGCUAGUCCUGUUGCCGAGCUGCUAUUAUACCGUGCCCUCGCUUCCCCUGCUGUGGCUCAUAGACUGUUUUGGUUAUUAGUACAUUCUCUACCCAAUAUACCUCAGGCGCCCAACCAGGAAUUUCUCGGAAUAACCCUGGAGGAGAGCGGGGGCGACGUGGCCACGGACGACAGCGGCAUGACGUGCGCGUGGCGCUACCGCCUGCUGCUGCGCGCGCUGCUGGCCGUGGUCGGCGAGGCUCUGCAGCACACUCUGCUGCGGCAACAACUCCUCGUCAAGACGUUAUCAGAAAUGGCGCAAUCGGUGAAGGACGCGAAGGAGGCCGUUCGCCAGCGCGCCCUGACCGCGGGCAGCACGAGGUUAGCUUCGCUGCUGCGGCACGAGCCGGCCGCGCUGCCGCUCGCGCUGCACAAGUACGUGCACGACGUGGACAUCAAAUCCUGUAUGUACUUCGCUUCAAAUACUCUUCCACUCAAGAUCAACUUUAUUGGUAGUGAUAAUGCAGUUAUUCCUGCUAUGUUCAAGGUCGGUGACGACUUACGUCAAGACUCUUUAGUAUUGCAAGUGAUUAAAGUGAUGGACAGUCUAUGGUUAAAGGCGGAGCUUGAUCUACGGAUAGUAACCUUCCAAGCGUUACCUACAAGCGAUAAGAGGGGCAUGAUUGAAAUAGUGUCAGAAGCGGAAACACUUCGAGCCAUACAGACUGAGUGGGGUCUCACAGGAUCUUUCAAAGAUAAGCCUAUAGCUGAAUGGCUAGCGAAGCACAACCCUUCUGAACUCGAAUACCAAAGGGCAAGGGAUAAUUUCACUGCUUCAUGUGCGGGAUACAGCGUAGCAACAUAUUUACUGGGUAUCUGCGAUCGACACAACGACAAUAUCAUGUUGAAAACAUCCGGACAUCUGUUCCAUAUCGACUUUGGCAAGUUCCUCGGAGAUGCGCAGAUGUUUGGCAAUUUUAAAAGAGACCGCGCGCCGUUCGUGUUAACCCACGACAUGGUAUAUGUCAUCAAUGGCGGAGAACGUCCCACACAACGGUUCCAGCAUUUUGUUGAGCUCUGCUGUAUGGCCUUCAAUAUUGUACGAGCUCAUCACGAUCAUAUACUUGAUCUGUUCGCAUUGAUGGCGAUGUCGGGCGUGAGCGGCGUGAGCAGCGCGGCCGUGAGCUACGUGCGCAAGGCGCUGCUGCCCGGCGCCACCAACGCAGAGGCCGCCGCCGCCUUCGCGCGGCUCAUACAUUCCUCGCUCAAGAGCAAGUUCACGCCCAUCAACUUCUUCAUUCACAAUUUAGCGCAACUCCGUGCAAGCGGCGACCAGAGCAGUAACACUUCAGAGCUACUAUCGUUUAUGCCCCGCACAUACACAAUGGCCCAGGAAGGUCGUCUGCUGAGCGUAGAAUGUCUCGGCUACGAAAAGCGCUACGAUCCUGAAAAGCACUACGUAUACGCGCUACGCAUAUUCAGACAAGGCCAGACUACGCCCAUUGUGUUGUAUCGUUCGUACAAACACUUCACUGAGCUGUAUCAGAAGAUUUGUCUCCACUUCCCAUUAGCUAAAGUUCACAGGCCUUACGAUGUUUGUGAUUGA